ACCAGUUGAACGGUCCCAUUUUGAAGUUUAGGGAAUGAAGUGGGAUUCUGCAGAUAGUUUGAGGGGAACAAAGUGGAAUAUACCUUUUCUUUCCCCUGAACAAUUAAAGUUCAAUCUUCUACAGUUGACAUGUUUACGAAUAAUCGGAGGCAAGAAGAGCGGACUGGAAAAUAUGGAACUCCCCGGGUAAAUUACCUUCAGGAAUUGGUGAGUCAGUUUCAGAAUGCUACUGAUGAAGAGAUAAAGGAGAGAAUUGCUGCUAAUCUAGCAAACUUUGCAUAUGACCCUUACAACUACACAUUCUUGCGCCAGCUUAAUGUUUUGGAACUUUUCCUCGACUGCAUGACAGAGCCCAAUGAGAGGCUUGUGGAGUUUGGUAUUGGAGGAAUCUGCAAUGCCUGUGUUGAUCCGUCAAAUGCUGCAGUUGUAAUUCAGUGUGGUGGAAUCCCUCUUGUCAUUCAAUGUCUCUCUAGUCCUGUCCGAAACACGAGACAGCAGUGGAAUAGAGAUGAAUCCUGUGGCAGUCACAUGCUAAAUAUUCCAGUUCUGGAGCAUCUUUUAACAUUGGCAUUGUAGUUUAUGCUUGUAUUUCAUGGAAGCCACCUAAUGCUAUCUUCAUCGUAAUUACUAGAUUGACAAACUAGUGUACUUGGUUGAUUUUUGUUGACUUGUAUUUCGUUAAUAUGCUAUUUGAGCUGAAUUUGGAAUGCAAGGCCUCAUGGAUACUCCAUGGAUUACUGUUAGUCAUGGCACAUUGACCCUGCUAUACUUUAUUGCCAACCAUUUAUUUAGAAGAAUUUGUUAUUUGUAGUUA